AUGGGCGAGAAGAACAGUAGCACCGUGGCUGCGCGCGACGAGGACGAGGCGAGCGGCGAGCUGAGGACGAAGACGCAGCAGAGCCCGCUCGCCUCGCAGCGGGCCGAGGGACAGGCGCCGGGCCGCAUCGCAAAGUGGUUCCCGCUGAGCGCGAGCGACGGCUUCUCGCAGUGGUGGGCCGGCCUGUCCCCCAUGGCCACGGAGCACCGCGUCAUGUCCUUCAUUCCCUACCUGCAGAGGCCGCCGACACACACACAGACUGGCUCGGCGUCAGCGCCGACGUCGACGUCACCGUCGACGUCACCGUCAACGGCGGAUCUCGCAGCGCCGCCGAAGAAGUCGGAGGACCACACCACGACUGACGCCCUCGCGGAUCCGUACGGCCCGCGCCGGUGGAACUCGCAGAUGGUCGAGCUGAGCGGCAAGGGGCGCGCUUUGAACGAGUUCAGCGUCGAGCGACUGGGCGAGGACGUCGAGGAGCACCUCGUCAUGCUGCACGGCUACGGCGCCGGGCUGGGCUUCUUCUACCGCAACUUUGAGGGCCUUUCGCGGGCCGAAGGCUGGAAGGUGUACGCGCUGGACCUGCUCGGCAUGGGCCGCAGCAGCCGCUCGACGUUCAAGAUCCACGCCAAGGACAAGGACGGUAAGAUCGCCGAAGCCGAGUCGUUCUUCAUCGACGCCCUGGAGGAGUGGCGCAUCAAGCGUGGGCUGGACAAGUUCACGCUGCUGGGCCACAGUCUGGGCGGCUACCUCGCCGUUGCCUACGCCCUGAAGUAUCCAGGCCACCUCAACAAGCUCAUCCUCGCGAGUCCCGUGGGGAUACCAGAGGACCCAUACGCCGUCAGCGAAGAAAUGCCCGAUCCAAGCGACUCCACCAUGGCCAACGAAUUCACCCAGGACGCAGCCUCAACCCGCAACGGCGUCCCGCCCUCGACCGCAGACAACAACAACUUCCUCAACCAAGCGAAGAAGAGGGCCGAGAAGCCAAACCAGCCACCCCGUCGUCGCAUGCCUGGCUGGCUCACGUACCUCUGGGAAGCCAACAUGCUCUCCCCGUUCACCUUUGUGCGCUGGAGUGGUCCGCUGGGCCCGCGUCUCGUGUCGGGGUGGACGAGUCGACGCUUCAGCCACCUGCCGGAAGAAGAGGCGCAGGCGCUGCACGACUACAGCUACGCACUCUUCCGCCAGCGGGGCAGCAGCGAGUACGCCCUCAGCUACCUGCUCGCGCCCGGCGCGUUUGCGCGUUCGCCCCUCAUCCGCCGCAUCCACGGCCUGGGACGGCAGUGGAUCGGCCCGCACGCCACGCCCAGCGUCGACGGCGACACGCCGCCCGAGUCCGUCUCCCUCUCCCACUCCGGCUCGCAACCCACCCGCGAGAACGGAUUCCCGGUCGUCUUCAUGUACGGCGAGAAUGACUGGAUGGACGUCGCGGGCGGCCACGCAGCGGAGCAGAGGAUCAGCGAGGAGCGCGAGCGCGUCCUGAAGGCACAGAGCAGAGAGCAGAGGGAGAAAGACCAGGCUCAGGCCAAGGUCGUCAUCAUCCACAAGGCGGGGCAUCACGUUUAUCUCGAUGGGUGGGAGCAGUUCAACCGCGUCAUGCUUGAGGAGAUGCGGGAGACGAGGGAUGUGGACCGCAGAGCGACGGGUCGGUUGUAG